AUACAGUAUACAGUGUACUCUAUAUACAAGAGGAUAUGCUGGCAUCUAGUGGUUAAAGAGGCUGUCAUUUCAGUCGGUGGAAUAAAGAAGAACUGGACAAACAGAUUUCGCAAGCUCUGUGCUCAAAAGAUAAAAAUGUAAAGAAUCCUUCAACCUUCAAAUGCCAUAGACGAGGCGUGUAAUUUGUGAUACUUCAGGGGAUCUUCAGUUUAAUAUGACCGACUAUGGAGUUUCUGUGCAGCAGCUCAAUGACCUUUUGUCAGACGAAAAUGGCCACUUCAGCAUGCCAUCUAGAGAUUUCAAUGAAGUCUACCCGAGGAUUCUGCUUGGAAAUGAGACUGUGGCCACAAAUGUGAAACUCCUGCAACAACUGAGAGUUACCCACAUUCUUAAUGCUGCAGAAGGAGACUCAUACAUGCAUGUGAAGACAGGUGCAGAAUAUUAUGUGGAUACAGGCAUUAUCUACCAUGGAGUACCAGCCAAUGACGUGGACUAUUUUAAUCUUAGCAUAUACUUUGAAGAGUGUGCAGACUUUAUAGCACAGGCCCUGGCAUAUAAAGGUGACAGAGGGAAGGUGUAUGUGCACUGCCAGAAGGGUUACAGUCGUUCAGCAACAGUCGUCGUUGCAUACCUGAUGUUGAAACACAAGAUGGAUGUACGAGCCGCUUUGGCUACAGUGAGAGAGAAACGGGAGAUCGGACCUAAUGAUGGUUUUCUCUACCAGCUCUGUCAACUCAAUGACAAACUGGAAAAUGAGGGCAAGUUAUAAAGCAGAGAAGACAGUCUUUAAGAAGGACGUAUUGAAAUGUUUCUCAUGGCUGGAUCAGGAAGCUGUCACAAGGUUGCGAUGGACUUUAACAGGAAACAUGGCAAGCACAUCACACACCACACUGUUGCCAAACUUAUUAACAAAUUCAAAAAGACUGGAAGUGUUGCAGACCAACCGAGAGGUAGACGUCCACGGACAUCCACUGACGAAGGGACAACUGACGUAGUGCUAGUGUACACAGUCCCCUCCAUAUGUAUGGAGACUUUUGGGACACACUGUAGAAGUAGAACAGCGCAAAGAUGUUUUUCUUAAUGCAGCUAUGAAAAACAUUAUGGUUGUUUGAACUUAUACACAGAGGACCAUUGUUCUCUGUUGCUCUGAUGCCAUCUGGAGUGCUUUAACACUUUGUGUUUAACUCUUUUGCAAUUGUUAGUACAAAGGCUUCUUUUCUCAUUUUUGUAAGUAAUUUCUUUUUGCACUAAACUGAAAAUGAAUCAACA